GAAAAUUCGAACAAACGAAGGUGGUAAGCAAGAGAAGUGUCUGUCAACUCUAAAGCUGUGUGGCUUUCCCUCCUCUAUGAUUGCCUGGAGUUUUCAAAUCCGUGGAAAAAGUGAUAUCUGUGGAAUAUUCUCCGUAUUCUAUAUAUAUCACUUUUCAUCGCAUUUACAAAAUAUCAUAAAUAUAUUUACAUGUCACAAGUUAUCAUACAGAUUUGAACUCAACUCCCGGACUCAACUAUGGGAUGAUGAAAGAUUCUCAACAGGCAUACACAUACAAAUAUAUUGCAGAAUUUUGGAUGACGACAUGAAGAUACACAUACAUGUAUAGUGUAUAGGACUUUGCAUGAUGACUUCAGGCAUACAUGUACGUAUAUUGUAGGAUUUUGCAUGGUGACUUCAGGCAUACAAGUAUACAUUUGCAGGACUUUCCAUGAUGGCCUCAGGCAUACAUGUAUAAUAUUGCAGGACUUUGCAUGAUGGCCUCAGGCAUACAAAUAUAUUGCAGGACUUUGCAUGAUGGCCUCAGGCAUACAAAUAUAUUGCAGGACUUUGCAUUAUGACAUGAAGAUACACAUACAGUAGAACCUGUAUAUCUGAACACAUGGCUAAUCCGAACACCUCCCAAUCUGAACACUUUUUUCGGUUCCAUUUUUUCCUCCCAAUGACUUCCAUGUUAAAAAAACUUGGAAUGUGAACACCUCUCAAUUUGAA